AGUACUUGCAUUUCCAAAUAUCCAAAUAAAUUGUAUCGAAUGAAACAAAUCUUUGUUUAUUGUAUGGAAGGUUGAUUUAUUCUGUCAUUCGUCUCUUAAAAUGGAUACGUACGAGAGUGUGAUACUCGUAAAAAAUGAAGUUUUUGUUUUUAAAGUACCCCCUAAAACUACAAACAGAGGAUAUAGAUAAAAAGUGGGUGUUUUUUAGGGCAGCAGAUUGGAACCUGCAAGAGCCACAAUGGACCGGACGCAUGAGGCUGGUUUCGAAAGGGGAGGAAUUGGUAAUGAAGCUAGAAGACAAAGCAUCUGGCCAGCUUUUUGCUAAAUGCCCUAUCGAUAAAUAUCCGGGGGUGGCUCUCGAAUCUGUGACGGACAGCUCACGUUACUUUGUUGUAAAGAUUCAGGAUGAUAAUGGUCGCAGUGCUUACAUUGGACUAGGGUUUGGUGACAGGUCUGACUCGUUUGACCUCAAUGUGGCCCUUCAAGACCAUUUCAAAUGGCUAAGAAAAGAACAGGAAGGCCCUGCAGCCCCCGCACAGCAACUAGACCUUGGUUUCAAGGAUGGAGAGACAAUUAAGAUCAACAUGAAAAUUACUAAAAAAGACGGUUCAGACACGAAGCCCCGUCGGGGCGUGGGCGCGGGCUUGGGCGGCGGGCUGCUGCCGCCGCCGCCGGGGGCGGGGGGCUCGCGCCUGCCGCCGCCGCCCUCGCCGCAGCACGCGCCCUCGCCCGCCGUGCCCGCCGCUCCCGCCAGCUCGGAGUGGGGCGAUUACAACUCUGCUAGUGCUCCGAGCCAACAGGCCACAACUCCAGCAAGUCAGCAGAACUGGGUUCAAUUUUGAAUAUGUACAUAGAGUAUUAUUGUGAUUUGAUGUCUGUAGAGUGAAUGUGUUCUGCACAAUACUUAUUAAUAUACUUAAUAGUGUAGAAUCCAUAUCAACCUGCCUGUAGGCUCAAACUGUCAUAUUUUGUUGCAUUAAUAGCCAGAUCAACCUAAAGAAGACGUUAGAUGACAGAUCACAAUAAUAUAUUGCAAUAAUUAUAGAAAUACCGUUAGUACCGUAUGAUUUUUUUGUAUAUGUUGUAACUCUACCAUCGAUGAAGGAUGUAUGUUGAGUCGUUCAUUUUAUAUGUGACAUUCCAUGGGUAAAGGUACUUUAUGGUGGUUGACGCUAAGGCUAUUAUUAACAA